GGAGGGGGUGAUCGAUAGCUUUAUUCAUGGAUCGGUUCAGGUAUCGGAGGAGUUCCUGCUCCUCCAGGCUCCGACAUUCUCUCCAAAUGAGUCCAUUACGGCCCACAUAAACAACCCGGGCUGGCCUCCCAUUGGCUGGCCGCGGGGUCACGUGUCCCGCGCGGCCGUCCGUCUAUUUGACAGGCGCAGGAUGGCCGAAUGCCAGAGGGGCGACACCGAACGGACCGAGGGCCAGAAAGAAAAAUUAGUAUUCCGCAGCAGCCGCGCUAUAAAUCAAUCAUGGACUCGUUCGUGCUGAGCUGUAAAUACGCAGAGCCGCAGUUCCCGCCUUGUGAAGAAGAUUACAGUAAUUUCAGUGACCAGGGGGGGUAUUAUAACUGCCCCCAGGACGGCGGAGGCAGCUACGGAGGGGGAUACCAGAACCUGCAGCCGCCUCCGCCUCCGUACGACCCGCAGCAACCCGCAUAUCCUCCCUCUGCGCAGGACGCACCGCCGCGGCUCUACCCGGCCUGCAGGGAGGGCCCGGGCCCCGGGAAGGACCGGCUCCCGGUGGGGGACCUGCAGCAGGGCCCGGCCUGGACGACCUGCGGAAAGCCGCCUCAGGUGCAGCGGAGGGCGGCGUGUGCGAGCAGAGAGCGGCCGCCGGUGGUGGUUUACCCCUGGAUGAAGAAGGUGCACGUAGCGCACGUGAAUCCGAACCACGUGGGUCCGGAGCCGAAGCGCCUGCGCACGGCGUACACGCGCCAGCAGGUCCUGGAGCUGGAGAAGGAGUUCCACUUCAGCCGGUACCUCACGCGCCGCCGACGCGUCGAGGUGGCUCACGCGCUCUGCCUGUCCGAGCGGCAGGUGAAGGUGUGGUUCCAGAACCGGCGCAUGCGCUGGAAGAAAGACAACAAGCUGCCCAACACCAAGGGCCGCAGCAAGAGCAGGCGGGACAACAACAACAACAACAACAACAACAACAACAACAACAACAACAGCAGCAGCAGCAGCAGCAGCGGCGGCGGCGGCGGUGGAGAGUCUGUGAAGGCGGGGAUCACGGUGUGACGUGUGCAGCAGCUUUACGUCUUUAUGUGUGAUGAUAGAAGCAGAUUCAGGAGAAAACAGGGUCUUUGUUGUUCUACAGGGUAAACAUUCAAACAGGGUUUUAUCUGAAUUUAUGAACAUGUACAGAAAGAAAAAUGACCAAAGCCUCGGAGCAGAAACAUUUGGAUUCCUGAUGUGAGGAUGGAGAGCUAAAGCAGCUUCUGUUCUCAGGACGGAAACAAUACAGAGCUGAUUCCAGUCAAUAUGCUAUUAUUAUUAUUGUUAUUAUUGUUGUUAUGACAGCUUUACUGCAGUACUUAUUGUGUUAUUUAGAGAGAAACUUUUUAUUCUUUUAGCAGCUUCCAGCUUCUUUUCUACGUUUGAG